CAUCACGUCAAACGCAAUACACAAAAUUAUCCACGAAAAUUUCGACAAGACCGGAUAUAAAAUGAAAUAUGUUGUAUUUGAGGAUACUGGUUUCUUGUAAACAAUGACAUUGACACCGAAGAUAGUUUCGUGUUGCAGUCUAUUUAUUGUUACGUUUUUCUUCGGAGUUCUGUCAUGUGGAAUUAUUCGGUUGAUGAAAAGGCGAAUGCCAAAAUCUACAUCACAUCAGAAGUACAUAGGCUGGAUGAACUGUUUUGCUGGUGGGGUCUUCUUUGGUACUACUUUCCUACAUUUGAUGCCAGAAUCAAUAGCGGAGAUAAAAUUGGGAAUAGAUAUGGAAUACCCAAUUGCUGAAAUUUUGAUAUCUGCUGGAUUUUUUCUCGUUUUAUUUCUAGAACAUUUAUUUGGAUUAUGUUUCGCAUCUUGCAGAGGUAAAUCUUUGUUGGGUGAUAAAAACAAAUUAUUCGAUGACGGGAAAUUGAAAGAGAACGAAUAUGAAAUAAGUGAACUAAAAACUUCUCCGAAACCAAAUAUUCCCGCCAGAAAUCCUGAGCAACAUCCUAUCAAUGGACAUUUAGGUCAAACAAAUUGUACUUAUUCUUCAAACGAGACGUUUCCUGUUGUAGAACUAACUACCAGUAUUUCAGAUUUGAAUAGUGAUGAUAUCCAAUCAAAAUCUAUAGAUCAACCGGAAAUUACUGAAACAACUGACGUCAUUGAUGAUGGUCGUGUUUCAAGUUUUAAUGGAAGAAGUUUUAGCGAACACGAGUACGAAGACAUUGAUGGAACCGAAAAUGGUUCUGAGGAGGGUAAAGUGUCCGUUUUUCGAAUCACAGUAUUAAUUAUUGCCCUUUCUCUUCAUAUGAUAUUUGAAGGCCUUGCUUUAGGCCUGCAGGACACCGUACCAGCAGUAUGGACUCUACUCAUAGUAAUAUCUGUUCACAAAUGUAUUAUGGCAGCAAGCGUAGGUCUCCAACUCAAUGACGUCAUGAAAAAAAUGAAACAAAUUAUGUUGUGCUUGUUCUUCUUCUCGUUAGUUACUCCUCUUGGUAUUGUGAUUGGAGUUCUUGUCAACGAUCUAUCGUCAACAGAAAAUAUUGUUUCGGCCAUUUUAGAAUGUAUUGCAACAGGAUCGUUUUUAUAUGUGACGUUUUUUGAGAUUCUUCAACGAGAAUUCAACGAACAUCACAACAUGAUAAAAGUAUUGAUUACUUUCGCUGGGUUUUGUGUAUCAGCUGGAGCUAAACUAUUAGAGACAUAUUUCCAUAAGGAUUAAACAAAAUGUAGUGAAAAGAAUAUUUUCAUUGCUGGAAAAAAAUCUGAAAAAUACAAAACUAUCCAUCAAAAUACAAAAGCUGGGAUUACUGAGUCCAAUGUAAAUAUUAUAAAGUCAUAAAUAAUACCAAGUACUUAUUCAUAGUAUUAAGAAUCAGGCAGCAAUUUGUUAUUUAUAAUGCAUAAUAAUAUAUCUGUCCGAAUCGAUGUUACACGUAUUGACUUAUAGCAUCCCUUGAUAGAAGUAAAUGAUUUUUAUCAGUUCA